UUCUUUAUCUGUCCAAACCAAACCCUAGUCUACUUACGAUCUGGAUCUCUACAAUCUUCUCUCUCUCUCUCUCUCUCUCGAAACAUCAAUACACAGACAUACCACUGAUGGCGAAGUGUUUGGGCCGUCGUCCACCAAGUCUACGGCGUUGGUAGCAUCGCUGGUGGACGGGAACGUGAAGCACCGCGAUCUGAGCCGGACCACCACGAUCAAACCACCAUGAUCUGAGCCGAGAACCACUGCAAUCUGAGCCGGACCACCGCGAUCUGAGCCGUGAUUUCUUGUUUUCUUCUUUCUCUUUCUAGCAGUCUGUUUGUCUGUCUCUCUCUGUCUUUCUCUCACUACACCAUUGUGGAAGGGUUUGUUGGUGGUGAUGGAGGUGACGGCCUACUGUAAGCCACCGGUGAAAUCCUCAGUGUGGCCUCACAUGGCCAUCACUCCUUAGCUAUGAAGCCCAAACCUUUCUUCAAUCUUCUCAUCAUCAGCAUCAUCAUCAUUUUAUUAUGGACACUGCAACUUUCAAGUUAGCAAAUGGCUACACUCCUUUGUCUCUCUCCUCCCCAAAUUUCAUACUCCCAGAGGACAAAAGACCAUUCCUAUCACAAGUACCAUCUUUGGAUUCAAUUCCCAUCAUCAACCUGAACGAAGAUCCAGAGUCUUUGAUCAAGAAAGUAUCGCAGGCUUGCGAAGAAUACGGGUUCUUUCAAGUCAUCAACCAUGGAGUUUCAGAGGAAUUGUGCACAAGAAUGAUGAAUGCUGUUUCUGAUUUCUUUGAUUUGCCACCCCAAGAAAGAGGAACUCUAUUCACAGAUGAUAAAACAAAACCAGUGAGGGUCUCUAACUACCAUAUUAAGGGGAAAGGAGAAGAGAAGGUGACUAUGUGGAGUGAAACCUUUGCUCACCCUUGGCAUCUUGUUGAUGACUUCACCCAUCUCUUACCUCAAAAUCCUCCUCAAUACAGAGGGGUCGUUGCUGAAUAUGCAAAGGAGAUUGGUGCAUUAAUGAGUAGGCUCUUGAGCUUGAUAUCAAAUGGCCUUGGACUAGAUAAGGAUUGCUUAGAGACAAGGAUAGGUGAGAAUCCAAGGUUAGUCACACAAGCAAAUUACUAUCCACCAUGUCCAGACCCUGAACUCACCUUGGGGCUGCCUGUUCACACUGAUCUCAAUGCGCUCACAAUCCUCAUGCAAUCGCAAGGGGUGAUUGGCCUCCACGUCAUCAAAGAUGGGAAAUGGGUAGCCGUCGAUCCUGUUCCAAAUGCAUUUGUCAUCAAUCUUGGGGAUCAGAUCCAGGUACUGAGUAAUGGAAGGUAUAAGAGCGUACAUCACAGGGCUGUGACCAAUAAGGAAUUGCCACGCAUAUCGAUAGCAAUGUUUUAUGGACCAAAUAAGGACACUAUGAUUGGUCCAAUUGAUGAUUUAGUUGAUGAGAAAGAACACCCUCCAUUGUAUCGUAGCUAUCUUUUUGCAGACUUUCUUGCAGAGUUCUACAAGCAAGAAGGGACUAGGAGGAUGGUCAAGGAAGUUUUCCAGUUGCAGCAUUGAGAAAUCUUAUUAGAGGAUUUAUAGAUUAAUCAAAUUUACCACUCGUGAGUCGUGCACUUUUUAUUAUAAUUUUAUUUUAAUAAUUUCAGUUUCAAUUAUGACAAUUGACUUUUGUGGUUUAAGGCUUUAUCUGGUUGUUUGGGUUUCUUGUGGCUUUUUUAUUAUUUUUAUGAAA